UCAUUCCGUGGCUAGGAGCCGAAGUGUUAAGACGUGUGUAGUGAAACUUUUCAAGGAUGCCGUGCAGUGAAGAUGACGAUUCCCAAACUGGGUUCUCUGAACCGACCCAGGGGAUGUCGAAGGCUGAGCUGAGGAAGACGAACAAACCAAUAAUGGAGAAGAAGCGGCGCGCGCGCAUCAAUCAUUGCCUGAACGAGCUUAAAGAGCUCCUGUUGGAUAAAACCGAUAAAGACCCGGCCCGCCACUCCAAGCUGGAGAAGGCUGACAUCCUCGAGUUGACCGUGAAGCACCUUCAGAAGCUGCAGCGUCAGCAGCUGGCAGCCGCCAUCGCUGCCGACCCCGCCGUCCUCCACCGCUUCAAGGCCGGCUUCGGAGACUGCGCAGUAGAAGUCCGACGCUACCUAUCCCGCCUCGCCAGCGUCCCCACAGGCCUCCGCCACAGGUUAGGCAACCAUCUCAACUCCUGCAUCGAUGGAAUCCAAAGAUUACAUCCCGUCCCUGACUACCCACCUUUAGUACCAGACCCGCUCAGAAUGGACGAUAGACCGAGCGCGUUCCAUUUCGUGAGAAACCUUAAACCAACUAGUCCGCCAUUAAGUCCUCUAUCUUGCGACUCCGCGUGCGAUUCUUCAACGGAACUAGAGACCCCACCGCGACCCGUCCAGAAAUUUCCCUUCCCCACUCCCCCGAGCAGAUCAGCCUCAGAUCAGGACUCCAGCCCCGAAACUCAGAAACCCACGGUCUCAUCCACGACGAUAUCCCCAGAAACGUUAAAGCAAGAGGCGUUACGGAACAAGAAAUACAUGGAGCCGCUAUCAAUCAUAAUAGACGUAGAAAAUUACAAAAUCGGUAUAGACGCGUCGCCGAAACGAGCUGUCGACUAUUCCAUGAGGCAUAAACUAAAAAGACCUAUGGUUGAAAUUUCUGGGCCAGCACCAAAGGUUAUAAGAAUAGAAGCCGAAAAGACCGCAACGAUUCCAGAGAAGGUUUACGAAAGGAGAUCUCCUGAGAAAGUUUCGGCUUUCAGAAGAGUACCUGAAAAGAAGUUAACGAUACCGGAAAGCAUACCGGCCGUUUUGGAGAGACCUAGUUAUGACAGGCUAGUGAAAAGUGAGAUUCCAAGGACUGUUAUAAGUCACACUGCGAUGUCGCUAGCUCUGCCUUCAAGUGUCAAAGAUCAAGUGAAGGUUGAAGUUAAAGAAGAGGUUGAUACACGCUCAAAGUCCCCAGAGCAAGGCACGUCCAGCUCUAGCACAGAGAUGUGGAGACCUUGGUGAUGUGGUGGAGAAUAUUUUGUUUGUUUAUAUACCUGAUAGUGAAGAGCUUUAAGUAUUUACCAGUAUGGUAUACCC